AUGGGCUGGUUUACCUCUAUCGUCCAGGGCGUCGGCAGCGCCGUGAACUGGGCCAUGUCAAACGCUGGUGAUAUCGCGGGCCUCCUCGCUUCCGUGGGGAAGGUCUCUGCUCUACACGCCCCUGAAGGCAGGGCAGAAGGGCAGUCGCCUAUCACAUCCAAGGACUACUUCAAAGCGUUCCGAGACGCGGGCAAAGUUCUUGAAGCCCGGGCCAUUAAGAAGGUGAAAGAUAUAGAAGAGGACAAAGACUGGGGCGAUCCGAGAAUGCCCAAAGACGAUCCGCAAGAGCCCAUUAUCACAACGGGGGAUAUAUCCGGCAUAUGGACGAGCCCGACUCUCUUCAGCAACACGAGCAAGGAGGUGCCUGAGAUGUACCGGGACCUUGUGAAGCUCCUCGCCGAGCUGGGCGUCCCGACGCUGAUGAAACAACACGGCCGAGACCGCGACGUGGCGGAGGUGGUCGCCCAGGGCAUAUUCGCCUCCAAUCCUCAGCCGCCUUCUCAGAUAACCAACUUUGACGCCAACAAUGACCACCAUCUCCCGACGUAUGGCGUGGCCCUCCGGCAUGACGAUAAAUCGUGGCAGGUCUUCGUGGCCCACUCCUACUACACGAUCCCGAUGGGCAGGACCGGCACUGACACCGCCUGGCACGGGGCGAUCCACGUGAAAUUCAAGGCUCGACCUGAUGCCAUCAGCCUGCAUGCGCAGGAGAUGGAAGAGUUCAGGUUCAUACAGGAUAUAGAACCGCUGGCGGUAGAUGUGUGGCUAGUCACGUUCCAGAUCGCGUGGAAAGCAGUGAAGGUGGCGCGGACAGGGUACAAGUUCAUCAAAAAGGUCUUGGACGAGAGAAAGGACAACCCGAGCAACCCAGGCUAUGAAGUGACCUACAACUUUCUCGACGGGCAAUUACAGACGGUCAAGAUCAAGGCUCCCGCGAACAAAGCCCCGUCCGAAACACUCUUCUAUCUCCAGGAAGCGGUUGCGGACGCCGUGGUACAGAUGAACCAAAGCCCACAGGAGAUGUACUUUGCCAACGACGAAAACAAGGCAACGCAGUACCAGACGCCAUACGUUGCUCUGACGGAUUCGACAAUUCUUACUUCGGAUACCGACGGGGUAGAUAGGUUGGUAGUUGUGUCUCGUUGA